AUGCCAACUGCUUAUCUUCCUCAAGUAACAUUUCGAGAAAUCAAUGCAAGUGAGGAAGGACAGAGAUUUUUUUUAGGACCGAUCAAAUUUAUUCAUAGCGACCUUGCUUUUUUUCGAUCCCUCGAUGAUGGGCAGCGGCCCGAAACCAUUCGUUGGAUUAUGCUUGAAUAUCUCAAAGUCAGGAUCUAUGCUAGGACGCGAUGGUUGGACCUGGCCUUAACGGAUCAAAGCGACAAGGCUAUUCUACAACUAUAUUCGCAAGAACAGCGCCUUAUCUUUUUUAUAUCCUGCUACUCGUACAUUAAAGGGUCUAUACUAUCCUUGGGCUCAAAGCAGUUUCGCAAGUCCCAAAGGUGCAUCAGUGGCAUGUGGAGGUGUGUAAAGUCGAAAAGAACAUUGGAGAUUGAAUCUGGACCGUAUUACGUCGAUCUCCUGGACAUCAACUCCCGAACAGUCGGCUAUAAUGUUGGAGCUAACACCAAGCGUGUGUUUUCUUAA